AUGUGCUACCUGAACGACAACUGCGUGAGUUCUAACUUCAAAAAAGAUCCGGAGAAUAAUGAACCAGUUCACAUCUGUGAACUAAAUAACGCCACGCAUCCGAGAUAUGACAAUGACUUGACAACUGAUGCCGAUUUUUAUUAUCGUGGCUCGAAGGUGAGUUACAAAUCGGUUUUUCGAAAUCGUCGCCUUUGAAUAAUAUGGAAAUAAUUAUGAAUGUUUAUGCAAAUUAUCGUGCAUUUGAUCAUACUGUAUUUAGUAUCUUCUUUCACUCAAACCUUCGACCUUUCUCAGUUAUCAUUUUAGUGUUUUUUUCUCCUUCAGAAUGCUUGUGAUAAGAAUUCCCCAUGCCAACUCCCUCGGGUAUAGUAUCGUUUGGUGGGAGCUGCCGGAACAAAAAUACCAAAAAUGCGUGUGCCAGCAUACAGAUGUGGUGCAGACUGGUCAGGUUGGUUGGAUGAUGCUCAUACUACAGUGGAAGAUGGUAAAGGUAAAAGGAAGGUCUGCUUUAGUGAUCGUUCUGACGGUUGCAAAUAUGAAAUCCGAAUUUCAGUCAAAAAUUGUGGAUCCUACCUCAUCUACAAACUUUACCCACCUGCUUGUUACUCACGCUACUGUGGUACAGAUUGA